GCCCGAAGGAAACUUCCAGUCAUUCUCCCAACUGACUGAGGAAACGCCGAGCGGGACUUUUUUUCCCCACACCCUUUCAUCUUUGGAAAUGAAGGACAUAUUCACCCCAGACUGAAAAGGCGCGACACCCACAAGUUACUUUUUGACUAAGGAAAGUCUUUCGGUUACAUUUUUUUUUCUUCUGCUACUAAUACCGGGAAUCGGACACCGGUAAGAUGGCCGAGAACAAGCAUCCGCACGUAAUUUUCUGCAACGAUUCGCCGAAAAGAGUUUUAGUGUCCGUCAUCAAGACCACCCCGAUAAAACCGAGGAAAGCGGAGGCGCUGACCCCGACCAGUCCCGGCUUCAGCGACUUCAUGGUCUACCCGUGGAAAUGGGGGGAGAACGCCCACAAUGUGACCCUGAGCCCGGGCUCGGUGAACGGCGCCGCGUCCCCGACCGGGACGCAAACCGCCGGGGAGGCGGACACCGCUUCGUCACCCGACCAGAUCAAGGAUGGAAUCCGCAGAGGCCGACCCCGGGCCGACACUGUUCGGGAGCUGAUAAGCGAAGGGGAGACUUCAUCCAGCCGUAUCCGCUGUAACAUCUGCAACAGAGUGUUUCCCAGGGAGAAGUCUCUCCAAGCUCACAAGAGAACACACACAGGAGAGAGGCCUUAUCUUUGUGACUACCCGAAUUGUGGGAAGGCGUUUGUCCAGAGCGGCCAGCUGAAGACCCACCAGCGGUUGCACACUGGGGAGAAACCCUUCGUCUGCUCAGAGAAAGGCUGCGGGAACCGGUUCACACACGCUAACCGUCACUGCCCAAAGCAUCCUUUCUCCCGCCUGAAGAGGGAGGAGCCAAAGGAAGGCCUGGGCAAGGCGCAGUCUGUGGAUAACAAGGCCGUUGCUGAGUGGUUGGCAAAGUACUGGCGGACCCGGGAGCAACGUGCCCCAACAACGACCAAGGCGAAGCCCCAGGGCAAGGGGAGGGCGGAGGACCAGGAGCAGCAGGACCCCAUGGACUUCAUCCAGUCUGACGAGGAGAACGGCGAGGAAGAGGAGGCGGCGGCGGCUGCAGAGGAGGAGAAAGGCGCCCCGGGGGGAGCGGCCAAGCGCCGGCUGCAGGAGCAACGAGAGCGUCUCCACGGCGCCCUGGCGCUCAUCGAGCUGGCCAACAACCUGUCUCCCUGAACUCUCACCCCCAACCCCAACCCCACCUGCCUUCCUGAAACACCUGCUGUCACUAAACCAUGUUCAUAAAUGCAGAUCUGCGACUAGUUUAGUUCAUCGAGUUGCUGAACCUGACUUCACGCUGGCAGCUGGACUGGCCUGAGAUCAGCGUUCUGCACAGAAUUCCUCCCUUCACAGCAUCAGGAAGGCACAAGCUAAAGCACCUUAUCGAGCUUCCAUUUUAUCCUUUUAGGCUGCUAUAAUGGUAGAUUUGACAAUAUGAAGAAUGUCUUUCUCUCUUCUGUCUUCUGAAGGCAAAGAAAGGAAACCUAAUGUUGAAACGUGUUUUGUUUGCACUUUGGUAACGAGUUGUUUUUUAAGGAUAUUGUGAGUAUUAGAGUGUUGGACCGAUGUGUGUGUAUAUAUGGAUUAAGCUCAGCUGGACAGAAUGAUACAGGGUGUGGUCGUGCAUAGGAAACGAUGAGUUGCAUUCAGCUGUCAGUCGGCGUCCCGUCGCGUUCCCAGGUUUCAUCUCUGGCGUUUCAAAAAAAAAAAAAAAAAAAAAAACAA